AUGACUAAAUCGUUCAUCGUUUUUCAUCGAUAUCCUCAAGUCGACCUUAAGGAGUUCACUGUAGACAACAAAAGAUACUCCUCCAGGCGCUUUGUAGCAACAGAAAAGGAGCGCCCUACCCAGCAUCCUUCUUCGCUGAAACUACAGAAGCCAUCAGCUCUAUCAAUCUUAAUGGCUCCUUCCAAUGACACAUUGUCGCGCCAGACCACGGCCAAGAAGAAGAGGACGAACAAGAGGAAUAAAAAGGCUCAGCUCAGC